AUGGCCGGAUUAUGUCAAGUACCUUUCUGCUUUAUGGGGAAUUUUAACGAGAUUGUUCAAAUAGAGGAGAGGAAAGGGACUACUUCUCUGCCGGUGUCUGCAAUAGAGUUUAUCUCUUGGAUACAAAAUAUGGAGUUAGUGGAUCUAGCUUUAUCUGAUCGCAGGUUAUGGGAAGGACCAAGAGGCUUGUCAGACCAUUGUCCAAUGAUUAUGGAUGUCACAAGGAUGGGAGAGGGCCCAAGGCCUUUUCGGAGUCUGAAUUCUUGGUUUAUUCAUAAUGAUUUCUUGAGGAUGGUGAAGGAGGAGUGGAGGAGCUUAGGGGAGGCUCAAUUCUUGGACAAGUUGAAGGCUAUGACGGUUCCACUACGCAUAUGGCAUAGACAGAAUUUUGGAGACAUGGACAUGAGGAUUAAUAGGUUUGAAGAGGAGAUUAGGAAAGUCGAUGAUAUGGUGAGCAACGAAGUGCAUGAUGGAAUAGCAGAAGCAAGGAGGAAGGCGCUUGUGAGUUCUUGCAAGCUAUGGUAUAUCAGAAAGGAGAUACAUUGGAAGCAGAUGUCACGAUCCAGGCAUGCUAAGGAGAUGAACAAAAAUACUAGGUACUUCCACAAUAUAGCCUCGGCACGGAGGAGGAACAAUCGGAUUAAUGCCUUGAGGAUCCAUGGAAGAUUAGUGAGGAAUCAAUCCCGGAUUAAGGUUGCUAUAAGAGACUUCUAUAAGGACUUGUACCAUCAGGAAAUCUCCCCUAAUAUAGGUUUUCGGGAUGGGCUAGUGAGGCAGAUUACUGAGGAAGAGGCAACAGGAAUGGAGUUGAUGCCAACUGCUGAAGAAAUAAAAAAUGCAGUGUGA